ACAAAUUGACUCAUAAUUGAUUAACAUUUCUGAUAUGUUUUCCAGGACCACUACGAGGGCCCUGGUACUUUCAAUCAAUGUUUGCCUCAAAGUGAAAUCCCAGGGUGGUUCAAAUCUGAAAAUAUUGCUAGAUCCUCAUCAGUAACAAUCCAGCUACCUCUAAAUUUGUAUGACAAUCUUGAGUGGAUGGGAUUUGCAUUUUGUGCUGUUUUCUCAUUUCAAAAGCAUCCUAUUUCCGUUCCUAUGAAAGGUUCAAAAUUUUCUUUUAUCAUCGUUUGUCAUUUGAAGACCGACUUGGGUUGUAUGAAUCCAUUAUGUAGCAUCAGUGAAGAGGACGUAAUAAUAUCAUUACAUCAACGUGGAUUCCUUUGGUUAUCAUUCAUUCCAAGUUGGUUUCUUUCCCCUGAAUGGAGUCGAUGCACUUCGGUUGAAUUCUCAUUUGUGAGCGAUAGUUCGGCUGUAUCGGCGCUAAAGUGUGGGGUCGAUCUUGUAUACCGGCAAAAAUUGGAAUUUACAUGUAGAAUGGUACAAUGCAUAACCUCAUACGGUAGUCCUUUCACAUCUGAUGAAAGAUUUCCCUUUUAUCAUCCUGAUCAAUUCAGUGGCAGUGGUGGCUCUAGCGGAACUUCUGGUCGCUAUUCUUAUGAUCAAUUCUACAGAACUGCCGCCUUGGACCGCUAUAACAAUCGUAGUAUUUUCAAUCAAUGUAUUCUUCAAAGUGAAAUCUCAGAGUGGUUUAGCCAUCACUCGCUACCGUCAGAUCUAUCACCUAAGUUUGACUUUCAUCCAUCCACUUCGUAUAAUUUUUGUUUACCUCCAAGUAAAAUUCAAGACUGGUUUAGUCAUCCGAAUCAUGGACACUCAGUGACAAUUGACCUACCCUCAAAUUUGUACCACGACAGUAAUUGGAUGGGACUUGUUCUGUAUGCUUCUUUCUCCAUCAAUGGGGAUCCAAACAUCAUCUUUAGCAAUCUGGCAUCAGGAAAAUCUCACUUCCUAUAUUGUCAAUGCCAAACGAGUAUGGCUAAUGUUGAUAAUCAGAAAAUUGCUUUCUCCACCAAUAAAGAAGAAAUCACGUGGUUACUUAAUCUAGGUGAAUUCAUUUGGAUAUGCUAUGUACCAGGAAAGCCAUUUAAGAAUAUGUUGCGACACUGCAGCCACAUUGAGGCCUCAUUUGACAGUGAUUGGUUUGGCGUGAUAGUGCAGAAUUGUGCGUUACAACUUUUGUACCAGCACGAUCAAGUGCAGUUUGAGCAAGAACUAAAAUACUGCAACAAAUUGAUUUCAGAGAAUCGAAAGCUUGUUUGUAAACAAACAGAGGAUCAAAAAAAAAAAA